AUGGUGAGUAUCUUACCAAACUUUAUAGUCUCAUUUAUUUUUGUAUAAUCAUUAUUCAUGCAUGUGUUUGAUGCUGAAAACACUGUAGGAUUAUUUGAGUGAAUAGCAAUUAAAAAAUUUUUGUAAAUGCUUGUUGAAAAAAGACUAAAUCAAAAGUUUGCCAAAUCUUUAGAAACAUUUGAUGAUGUAUUACAAUGGUUUGUCACACAAAAAGCAGGCAUGUGUCAAAAGGUUGAAGCAAACCCACAGACAAAAGCUGAGAAGAGAUCAAACGCCAAACCUAAAGCUGGGAAGGGGAAAGAUCUUGCUCCUAAAGCUAAAGUGAAAAGCAGCCCUCGGACUCCUACAACAGAUCAGACACAUCUUACGCAGGUGGUAAACAAGGGAAAGUUUCAGAAAGUUGGAGACACGCUGACCGUACAAGCGGGUGAUACUUUAGAGAUGAGAUGUAAGGGAAAUCCUGUCCAAUGGACGAUUCCUGCGUAUCUACAAGAGGAUGAUGAAGGACGACUCAAGAUGAUUCAACAUGAACGUUAUGGCACACUGACUUUGACAAAUACAACAGGAGCAGACACAGGAGAUUACAUCUGCUAUCCAAUGUACUGUGAGGAUAAAGACUGCAGAAAAGAUUAUGACAAAGCCAUCAAAGUCUUCAUCUUUUUCCCUGAUCCUCAGGAGUUGUUUGUACCUUCCUCUAAUUAUUAUGAGAUCAUUCAGCUUCGCACAAACUGGCCCACCGCUCUGCCCUGUCAGGUGACGUCCCCGCUGGCAAAGGUAACCCUGCACCGAGAGUUUCCUCCAGCCGAGAUAAAGGUGGAUGGAAAGGAAAUCUCAUUUGACGUCAAGAAGGGCUUUACCAUCCACAGACCCAAGCAAUAUCACGCCGGAUCUCUUUACUGCGUAGCCAGCCUCGGAAACCUUCGCCAGAGCUCAACCAAAUACAUGCUGAUCUAUGUCCACUAUCCAACGGCCCCUCCGUCUCCUGUGAUUCAAACCUCCAGUGAUAGUGUGACAGUAGGACAGAAUCUUCAGGUGACGUGCACGGUAGUGGGAGAACAGGACGUGUUGGUGGAUUUUAACUGGGAAUAUCCUGGACAGAAGAUUGGGCGUCCGCUGUACACCCAGGACACUGUACAGACGGUGCAGGUGGACGGGCAGAACCGACAGCGCUCUCAGACGCUGCUGCUGGUAGAUGACAUCAGACAGGUUGAUCAGGGCACAUACACCUGUACAGCACAGAACCUGGAAGGGUCCAAAUCUGCAUCCACAUCUGUUAAAGUGCAGUCUGCAGGCAACACCGCCAGGCCCAGAAAACCAUGAGUGAAAUUCAUCCUACAGAUAUUACAACAUUUGUGUUUGUAACAUGCCUGCCCAAUAUUUUCAGUCAUAAAAUCCUCUUUUAAAUAAACCACAAUAAAAAUUCUCCAAAUAAAGCAUUUAGAAGAAAUAUAUUUGCCAUUACAUUUGUAAGAAUAUAAUGCAUAAUGACAUAAAAUGAAAAUAUGAUAAAGGCAUGAAGCUUGGCGAGAGAGCAAGAAAGAAAGAGAGAGAGAGAGAGAGAGAAAACUCUCUUUACUAAAGCUAAACAAUAUUUACACAUUUCAAAUGAUCCAGCAGUGCAAAUAAAACACAAGCUAGUAAUGCCAGCUUCUGUUUUUUCUAUUUUCUACAGCAAUUCAAACAUAUUUUCUGAUUGCACUAUAAACUGAAGCAGCUACACAUGUAAACUGAAACAACAUUAUGCAUUUUUCAUCAGAUUUAAAGGUGUUCUCUCGUAAACACUAUGGGGCAGUUUUCCGGACAGAUCUUAUAUAGUGCCAGAUUAAAAUGCAUGUUUAAGCUGCCUUCAUUUAAAAACAUCUUGCAUGGAUGUAUCUUUACAUAUAUCAGUGUUAUUGUUUUGUCUCAAUAUGCACAGCACUAAUGUUUGUUUUUUUGUAAGGUAUGUUUGUAAAACUACUUAAUUUCCUAAUAUAAAUAAGUCCUAGUCCUGGAUUCAAAAACGCCAUCAUAAUUUUUUUUCGUAGCAUAGCCUGAACAUAACCAGCAGAGGGAGUCAACUUUGUAGUGUUUGAACCAUUAAACCAUUGAUGUGAAGUGUUUAAAACUGUUAUGUGAUGCUCCAUAUUCUUCAGAAGUAAAUGAGAUUACACUUUAUAUCUAUUUAUUACACGGCUCUCUGGAAUGCUUGAUUCUGAUUGGUCAGUUGAGACAUUUGCAGGUUCCGCUUCGCGUCGGGUCCUGAUCACACUGUCGGGGCUUAUUUCCCAAUAACUACCGGCUGCCUCUACAUUAUCCCUUACUUAUCUCUUGAUAAUAAAUGUUGUUUGUAUUUCCCUCUUUAAUGUUUCCUGUGAUGUGACA